AUGCAGCCUUCUAAUGAUGCUAAUAUCAAUAUUAUUAUUUCCAAUAUACUAAGCCAGAAACGAUACAGUCACUGUAGAUUAUGUUUAUGUAAUAUUGAGGAAGUCUACGUUUGUACAAGUGACGCCGUCACACUAAAUCCUAGCGGGGGUGUUUUUCAGUCAUUGAAAAGCAUUCUUGUUCGGCUUCUGGGUGAAGAGCUCAAUGAUGAUAUUCCUGGAGUAGAUGCAGUUUGUGUGCAGUGUGUUGAGAAUACUUUAGCAGCUAUGCGAUUCCUAGACCGAUGCAGGACUUCAAUGGAUACUUUAAGUAAAGCUUUUGAGAGUAUAAGUAAUGCUUUUGAAAACAAUUUUAGUAUAGAGAGCAGUGAUAAAGUAAUUAUAAAUAUAACAGAAUCAAAAACUGACCUGCUUGCUAUGAAGAAGCCAAGGUAUAACAGAAAACAGAAAUGUAAGCAACCAUUUGAGUGCACAGAUUGUCUUCUGUAUUUUAAUGGGUUUGAUGAUUUAAAGGUUCAUAAUCUCGCUCACCAUGGCUAUGUAACUUCAUCAAUUAUAAAACAUAGAAAGCCAAAUAACCCUGAUAAUCAAAAACACCAAUUAACUAAGUGCCCCGAAUGUCCACUAUUUUGUGAUUACGAAGAAAGCCUUAAAGUACAUUAUGACCGGCAACAUGCAACUCAUAUAUGUCAAGAAUGCGGGAAAUAUUGUAUAGGCCUAGAUAAAUUGAUAAUACAUGAAGAGAAACAUAAAACUAAGAAAUCGUGUCCCAAAUGUAGUAAAACCUAUUCAACAAAAGAUUUCUAUGACCGCCACGUUAAACUGUGUCUUAAUAACCUCAUAGAUCCGCAUCCUAUACGAAAUAGCAUGGUAAAAUCAUACAGAUGUGAAAAAUGUGAUAAAGCAUAUGGCACAAGAGGAGGUUUGCGUGUGCACAACCGAUUUGCACAUGGCAAUGCGAAACCCCAUGUUUGUCCAGAAUGUGGGAAAAAGUUUCCUGCUCCAAGUUGCCUUCGAACUCACAUGAUAAAGCACACAGGAGAAAAGAACUUUAAAUGUGAUAUAUGUGGAAGCAGAUUUGUAUCUAAAGAAGCAUUACUAUAUCAUACGAGGCGGCAUACUGGUGAAAAACCAUAUAAUUGUACAAUUUGUGAAGAGAGAUUUGUUAAUGCUUCUGCACGAGCUGAACAUAUAAAGUUCAAACAUCUGACCUCAUCCAAAGCCGAAUUCCAAAAGUGUCACAUAAAUAAACCACUUUGCAGGCGAAAAUUUAAUGAAAUUCAAAUUAAUACAAUGGAUCAUGUUCAGAACAUUAUUUUAAAGGGCGAAAAUGUAGGUGAAAGACAUUGUUACUUAAAUAGCCUUGUUAAUAGAGCCUGCAAAGAAGAAAUUGAUUUUCAGAAACUUUCAGAGGGUACCCCAAUUGACAAAAUAUACAAAAUUGAUGUAGCCAAUCGUUUUAAAAAUGUUGAGUAUAUUCUUUAUACACUGAAAGAUGAUGAUAUGCUCUAUGUAAGUAGGGCUUUAAAAAGUCUUUGGCUACUGGAUUCAAGUUAUAGGCAUAUUGUCAACCCAAUUUAUUUAGAAAAUAAAGUAUUUCCAGAAAUGACAAGGCCUGCGGUUAAUAAAAUGAAACAUUGGAUUGAAUUGAACCUUAAAGAUCAGGAACGCUGUGAAGAAUUUUAUUUGUACAACAAAACAAAUUUUAAGGAUUCUAUAAAAUAUUUGAGACAUUGUUCUCCAGCAUUCAUUGUUAAAGAAAUUGUACAUGUUUUUCAUAAACUAACUCCACAUCACUUAAAAAUACUUUGCGAAGCCUGUCCAGGAGUCGUACAAGUCUACUUUGAAUGUAUUAAAACAAAUCAUGAGGCACUGUGUAAAUACUUUGAUGAAGAAUAUAAAUUUUUUGACAGCUUCAAGUGUUUAUUAAAAUUAGAUGGGGAGUUAUAUUUAGACUUACUUGAGAGCUGCCUUAGUCCAAGAACCCUUAGCCCUGCAGCUACUAUCUACAUAAUGAAAAAGUAUAAAGGUAGAUUUCAAGCCAAGCGUGAGCUGUACACAUCACAAAUCUUAAAUAUAAAAACUUUGGCAUCAUGCCUAUCUCCUAAUGAAUGUAAGGAUCUUGUCUUGCUUCUAGCAAAGGCCGAAUAUCUAGAGGGGUGGUUCUCUUACCAAAGGAUUGAACCCCUUAUUAAACGUAUUGCUUCUGAAGAAAGAGCAACAUUUAAGAAAUUAAUUUUUGUUAAUAAAGAAAUUGGUGAAAGAGUUAAAGAAUGGCCAUAUGAGCAGCCAUCACCUCCCAAGGUAGUUGACCGCGAUGAUCAUAUUUUUUUUGAUGCUGAUGAACAUUAUGACACUAGUGAAUUUUGCGAAGACUAUGUGUCUGGAAAAUGUAUGUUAAUGAAGCGUAAAUAUGCUGCAUAUGCAUGCAAUAUUAUGGAAUCCUGCAAGCCUAAAACAUUGUUAGAUCAAUUAUUUGAUCGAUACAGGUUUUCUGGUUUUUCAAAAACCUUCUCGGAACUCAAAAAUCGAUUGCAAGUAGAGAGCUCUAUAGAGGGAAGACAAAAUAUUUUUCUGGUGCUAGUUAGUAAGACUGGUGGAGUACCAGAACAUGUAAAAGUCCUAAUGAAAUUAUUGGUAGAACAACAUAAAAAUGAACCUAGUAACUUGCGCGCUGCUGUAGUUCGUUCAUUUGUCAAGCGUGUUUGUUUUUGGCGAAUGCCGGAAGAUAUAUGGACUCUUAUGUUGGAAUUUGCAUAUACUUUAGGUCUAGAUGGUCUUGAAGGUCAACCAUUGUGCGUCGAGGGUCUUCAUGCUGUCAUACUUCGCAGUAUUAUAAACGGUACCAAACCAACAUCGGAACUUAUGAACGCGUAUCGGAAGAAUUUCACUACUUUUAAAGAAUAUAACUUGUCAGGUUCUGAAGUAAAACUAGUAAAAAUGAAUUUGACUUCCAUGCUUAUAGACUAUCCGAACGAGUUUUUAGAUGUCGUUUCGACAUACAAUGUUAAAAUUCAAGAUGUAGUAGGAGCUGUUGAUGCUUUGGCCAAAGCAGCUCACGGUAAUAAAGAUUUAAUAAGCCGCUUGUUUGAAAGUCGUGUUGCCCGUCGACAACUGAUCGCAGAGACUUUUCCAAUCAAACAAUUUGAGGCAUCUUAUAUCAAUUCUUUACGCCACGAUGUGUCUUUAUUAAGUGCUGGGGAAAUAUUCACCACCUUAGCAUCCAAGGAAAAAACAAAUCACGAUCGCUUUCUACGAUACUUGAAAAUCUAUUUUGGUGAAGCAAAUGGUUUGGCUGAUCAACAUUUGGUAUCAUUAGAAAACGAAUUCAAAGACAAUCCAAAGAUGAGUUUAGUUCGCCCCCUAGCACUGUUAGCGUCUAGUGAUACUAUUUUAAAAAUAAUACAAUGUUUGACCAACGAGAAAACUAAGCAAAAUUUAAAACUAAUUCAAGCAUUCAAAGACAAUAUUCAUGCAACGAGGCCGCAUAUUCGGAAGGAUACAUUUGAUUGGCGCUUAUUUGGACCAAAAGCCGUUGCUAAUCAAUUGCUUAUAUGCAGAAUUGUUUCUUUGGAACAAAAUAUAAAGAAGUGUUUAGAACGGCGAGCCACACAUGCUAUUGCAUUGAGACUUGCCCUGAACACAUCUUUUGAGGUUGACACGUUUAAAAUAGUCGCAAUCAAGAGUCCAAAAGUAACAAUCAAUGUAGCGACGUCUUAUUUUUUUAAAGAUUUAGGUACUAUUAAUCCUGAAAUUUGGAAUUUGCUGAAGGAAAUCAUAUUAAAAUUUCACUACCAAAAUCUACCACGCAAAUCCCUUCAACGGCUCAGCAAUCAGAAUAAUAUUCCAAAAAAUAUUAGAGCAGACUUUUGGACAACUGUUUAUGCAGCAUUAUCGCAAGUUAAUCAAAAUAAAGCAAUGCGUGCCUUGUAUAAAUUGGAAUCUUCGUUGCCUAAUGUUGAUAAGGGGCUUUUGAAAAAGAUUAUCAAAGAUUUUAUUGAGAACAAGUUCACGGCUGAAAAUGUUAAAAAGCAUUCUUUCUACGACGACGAAGAACCUACCCCAGACCCAGAAAACAUUAUGAGCACUGCAUCUAUGAAGUUGUAUUUUAGGCUGAUUGCGAAAUUUUUGCUCCUUACAACCAGUGAAGAAGAACAACGCGAUAAAGUCAAUAGCAUCAUGAUUCCACUAUUUGAUAAACUUGAAGCACUCUGGAAGGAAGUUGUAGAUAAAUCCUGUCUAAAAAAGAUUCUACAAGACUUUUUGAUAUCGUUCAAAUAUACACUAGUAUUUACAAGUAAUCAAUAUGUGUCUUGUAUGCCUGUAUUUGAAAUGCUUAUAUCACGGUUACAAAAAGUGAUGACUCGUAUAGAGAAUUUUAAUAUAUACGUUAAGAUUCACCUGACUAUACUGUAUUACAAAGCAAUAAGGCAUACUUUAAAGUUGAAACCUAACAUUUUUGAAGAUGAUGAUAAAACUGAAGCUAUGAACGAAGUUGGGGCCAAGUUCGGAGAAUAUAUUGGAAGUGAUAUUAAGGAACUAGUCAGGGAAUUCUUUCCGUCCGUCAUUGAGAUUUAUAAAAAUGGCUUAAAGAGCUUUUUCGAAGACUACUUUCCAUACAAAAACUGUCAAUACACAUUCAUAUUAACAGUGGCGAAAGGAAUUUUGAAAAAUGAUACUUUAGAGGCACAAAUGCUGGCUGAAUAUAUGUACGAACAAUAUAAAAUGAUGUGGGGAGAUUCCGGAGAUAUUCUGAAUAUUUUGAGAGAAAGCAGAUAUCAGGAAGUUCGUUUCUUUUUGAACGCCGAUGUUUUUGCUUCCUCACCUUUUUCGCCUCGUUAA